AUGGCCCCUGCAGUUGAUGGUCGCCUUGCUGUCCUUGCUAGCAUUCCUCUUUCUUUUUUUGCCGUCAUGGCACUUGGGCGACUUAUCAAGAAGAAGCGACAGAAUAAUCUUCCUCUUCCUCCUGGCCCAGUGCCGCUCCCACUGUUAGGGAACGUCUUAUCUGUUGACGCUCAGGAACCUUGGCUGACUUACACCAAAUGGGGUGCUGCGUAUGGGGACUUGGUCUUCGUGCGAAGCCUAGACGAGAGAAUGGUCGUGGUCAAUUCUCAGCACAUUGCAGAAGCCUUAUUGGACAAGCGUUCCCGGAUCUACUCCGAUCGACCAUACCUAGCCACACUCGAGCCAUAUGGCCUGUCGAUCAACUUUGCAUUCUUAGGCUAUCGCGAUGAAUGGCGCCUCUGCCGGCGACUCUUCCACCAAACUUUCCGUCCCGAGUCUGCUGUCAAAUUUCGGCCAAUGCAGAUCAGGCGGGCUCGUGAGAUGGUCGUCAACCUAGUCGAUGACCCUCAACAUUAUUAUGACCACUUCGCAACAUUCUCGUUAUCUGUUGUGAUGUCAGCUGUAUACGACUAUGACAUCGGCGCUCGUGAUGAUCCUGUGGUGCAGAUUGUCGUAAGGGCACUGAUUCCGGGCUCGGCCGUGUUGACCCCAGAGAGAGCAUUGAUGCUCAAGACGUUUCCCUUCUUACUCAAGUUACCUGACUGGUGCUGGGGAUCCUCGAUCAAACGUAGUGCUCGAGUUUCGACCAAGAACGUGAAUGAAAUGGCCGACGUGCCAUUUCGAUAUGUGCAACAGCACAUGGCUGACAGCUCGUUCCUUGCUCGAUCUUCGAUGGUCGCAGAGAAUUUGCGACGGAUGGAGACGCAAGAGGGGGCGCCCAAACCUGAAUUCGAGGAUGCUUUGAAGAAAGCCGCUACAACUGCUAUUAUGGCUUCAUAUGAGACGACUUCAGCAUUUUUGAUGAUUUUUAUUUUGGCCAUGGUAUUAUAUCCGGACAUUCAGAAACGUGCACAAGCGGAAAUCGACUCAGUGGUUGGAAGAGGUCGACUGCCAACAUUCGAGGACAGAGCAUCGCUACCCUACAUUGAGGCAGUUGUACGGGAGACUUUCCGAUGGCAGCCCGUUGCACCCCUUGGCGUACCACAUGCUACCUCAAGUGAUGACGUAUACAAUGGUUAUUUCAUUCCGAAAGGCACAAUCGUCACGUACAACAUAUGGGGCAUUACGCGGGAUGAAAAGCGUUAUCCUAACGCAUCUCGUUUUAUACCAGAGAGGUUCAUCGACAGCGAUGGCGUGUUGAUAGCUGAUGACCCUACACAAUACGUUUUUGGCUUUGGCCGGCGUAUAUGUCCAGGGCGGUAUACUGCUGAUGCCUCUGCGUGGUCUGCCGUUGUGACUAUGUUGGCCACGUUGGAUAUAUCUUCUGCCAAAGAUGACCAGGGCAAAGUGGUCAGCUUUACUCCCACGUUUAUCACGGGAGUGGCUCGGUACUUGACUUCUUCGUAUCAUUCUUUCUCUCGUCACUAA